AUGGAAGUUGAUGAACGAAGUUCCAGAGCCAACUAUCAAAUACGUAUAAGUUCCUAUAGUGUCAAAAUCGCUGGCAUCGAGCGUUGCCCUAUGACGCUGUCCGCGGUGCGCGCUGCGCCAGAGAAACACACGGAUUCUCCGGGGAAUCACGAUUUACCGUCGAGCGCAGUGUCCGUGGCGCCGUCUGAUUUAGACAUCCACUCGCUUACUACCGUUAAGGGUUGGAUAGGGACACCGUCAGACUUUAUGGUGCCGAAAGCUUCUUUCGAUGCGGCUUCUAACAGCGCGCUGGCUUCCCUUACAGCGGGAGCAUCGGCACGAGAUGUCGGCUCCAUCUCGCUGUCCAGCGACCUCGCACCCCUUCGCUUGCCGCCGGAGAGGGUGGACACGCUCAGCAGCACAGAAGACUUCGAGCACAUGGCGCAACUAUCGCUGAAAGCUCGGCGCGAAGAGUUGGUGCGCUCCGCUGAGGAGCUGCAGGCUGAGCGUAAGGCAUUUGUGGAGCGUAUGCGCCAGGAGCGUCUCGUGGAGGCUGAGAAGCUGAGUGAGGAGCGCCGGCGCCACGGUCAGGAAAUAGCGUCGCAGCUGAAGCACGUACAAUUCGAACGCGAGGAAUCGCGUCGGCGAAUUGAGGAGGAGCGCCAGAAGCUGGAGCACGAAAAAGACAUUUUCGCGAACUACAUGCAGCUCGAAUCGGCGAAAUUGCGCCAACGUGUUGAGCUAUUCGAGCAGGACCAGCGCAAGGUGCUGGACAACAAGGUCGCAACCCAGACCAUGGUUGACAUCAAUGUCGGCGGCGUUGUAUUCGAGACCUCUAGACACACGAUCGCCAAGCAGCCCACGUCGUUCCUCGCCGACCUGAUCAGCGGCCGCCACGAGGUGGGACGUGACCGCCAGGGUCGCAUCUUCCUCGAUCGUGACUACGAGCUGUUUAGGCUAAUCCUGAACUUCAUGCGCAACCCGGAGUGCUUACCCGUCCCCAAGGACCUCGCGGAGAGCACGCUUAUACUAAACGAGGCGGCCUACUACAAGAUCAAGUUCAGCCCGUAUCCCCUGGCGCUGUGCCUUGGCGGCCACGACGGGCGUGCGCCUCUCGGUGCGGUAGAGGUGCUCGACCGUGAGAACAUGUGCUGGCGCAACUGUUCGCCGAUGCAGACGGCUCGUAUGUAUUUCGGAGCGGGGACGCUAAACAAUUUCGUGUACGCGUUUGGCGGCCACAACCUCGACUACAAGGCCCUGUGCGAAACCGAGAUGUACGACAGGUUGCGUGACACUUGGCACACCGCCGCCUCGCUGAAUAAGGCUCGCCGCAACAACGGCGGUUGCGCUUUUGGUGACAGGCUCUUUUGCGUUGGGGGGUUCGACGGCCAGUCGGUGUUGGACUCAGUCGAGUCGUACGACGUUCGGAUGCGCAACUGGAUCCAUCUAGCGCCGCUCACCACCCCGCGGUCGUCUCCCAUGCUUGCGCCGCAAAACGGUAUGCUCUACGCGCUGGGAGGCACCAGCGGGGAGCGGCUGCAGAGUGUGGAGCGCUAUGAUCCACGCAUGAACAAGUGGGAGGCGAUGCCCGGCGCGCUGCUUAAGGUACGCAGCGCCGGAGCCGCCUGCGCGUACAACAACGAGCUGUACCUCAUCGGAGGAAUCGACAACAUGCACACUAUCCACAACUCUCUGGAAACGUGGAACUCGACUUCACAGGCAAGCCGGUACCUGAUGGAAGCGCCGGUUGAGCUCAUGGACACAUCGCUGACGUGCUGCGGCGACUCGCUUCUACUGACGGGCGGUCAGAACACGCAGGUCUCCGACGCCACGUAUAUAUACAAACCGGAAGUCGACGAGUGGUCCAAGGGUCCCGCACUACUUCUACCGAGAUACGGCCAUUGCACUGUGUACUUGGACAUUUAA